GAUGCAAUGAAGCCCAACAACCACGUCGUCCGGAGGGCAGCUUCCACCAGCGGGCUGGUCCUCAUCCUCCUGCUCGUCGCCUUCACGGCGUCCAACUACUCGUCGCUCUACACCGAGCAGUUGCUCGUCGGCGUGCCCGUCAUCCUGGCCUCCUCCACUGCCGCGGCGGGAUCCCGCGCGAGCGACAGCAAUGCCGGAGUGGCGUGCGACGUGGCCAAGGGCGAGUGGGUGCCCGACCCGGCCGCGCCCUACUACACCAACGCGACGUGCCCGCUGAUCGACGCUCGGCAGGACUGCAUGAAGUACGGCAAGCCCGGGAUCGAGUCCAUCCUCCGGUGGCGGUGGCAACCCCACGGCUGCGACCUCCCCCGCUUCGACGCCGCGGCCUUCCUCCGCCUCGUCCGCGGCAAGUCCAUGGCCUUCGUCGGGGACUCCGUCGCGCGCAACCACAUGCAGUCGCUCAUGUGCCUGCUCGCCGAGGUGGAGCACCCGAGGGAGAUCGAGCCCAAGGACUGCGUGCACUGCACGCGCAAGUACCACUACCGGGAGCACGACUUCACGGUGUGCGUGUUCUGGACGCCGUUCCUGGUGCGGUGGAACCUGACGCGCGCCGGCGGGCAGCAGUUCAUGGACCCGCACAACGUGUACCUGGACGAGCCGGACCCGGAGUGGAGCCGCGACGUCGCUGGCUACGACUACGUCGUCCUCAACGGCGCCAAGUGGUUCACCCGCCCCACCGUGCUCUACGAGGGCGGCCGCCUCCUCGGCUGCGCCAACCUCGACGGCUGCGAGGCCAAGUACAACGCCACCGCCGUGGCCCCGCACUACGCGGUGCGCGCGUCGUUCCGGACCGCGCUCCGGGCGCUCGCCGGGUUCCGCGGCCGGGUGGUCGUCCGGACGGUGGCGCCCCCGCACUACGAGAACGGCAAAUGGUACGACGGAGGAAACUGCCUGAGGACGGGGCCCAUGCGGAGCAACGAGACCAGUCUACCGGAGACCGAGGCCGCGUUUCACGUCGCGCAGGUGGAGGAGUUCUGGACCGCGUCGGCGGCGGGGAGGUUCGUGCUGAUGGACGAGAGCAGUCCUCCGGAGACCGAGGUCGCGUUCCACGCUGCGCAGGUGGAGGAGUUCCGGGCCGCGUCGGCGGCGGGGAGGUUCGUGCUGAUGGACGUGAGCGAGAUGAUGCAGAUGAGGGGCGACGGGCACCCCGGGCAGUACGGGCACUGGCCGCACGAGAAGGUCGGCUUCGGCAUCGACUGCGUGCACUGGUGCCUGCCCGGCCCCGUCGACGCUUGGAGCGAGGUGCUGCUCCAUUUGCUGACAUGAUUGGCAUCCUGCUAAUUUUUAUUCGUCCUAAUUGUAGUUGCACAAACGGAAUGGAUUUCGAUGCAGCGUGUUAUGCAUGUGCAUGUGUUGUGUAGCUUUUUUCCGGUGGUUUUACGGCAUGGUCAAAAAAUCCGGCCCGACCAGGUCGGGUAAAAACGGCCCGGCCCGUAAAACCUUUACAGGAGGACCCGAA